AUGUCACUGGUGAAUUUGGAGUCUUCUGAUGGUGUAGUUUACAGUCUUCCAAGUGACGUGGCUGCCCUCUCUUCACUAGUUCAAGAUGUUAUUAUGCAUUGCCAAGAAGAUGGAGGCGCAACUAUCCCGCUGCCCAAAGUACCCAAUGUUGCUCUCGGACCAGUAGUGGAGUGGAUGCGAAGAAAAAAGCAGGUUUCUUCACAGUUCGCUGGCGCAUCCGGCCGAUGUACGCAUGGUAACAAAGGAAGCGACUAUGAUGGAAAGGACUCGGAGUUGUCAAACUGGGAGCGCACAUUCUUUCACGAUCUUAACAAAGACGUUCUUUUCAUGGUGCUAAAUACUGCCAACUAUAUGGGAAUAGCCGGGCUUGUUGCUGCAGGAUCAAGCUUUAUCGCGGAGAUGAUCUCGGUACAGUAA